CGAACAUCACAAAGGUUCCAAAUCGCAAAAGCUGGAUCUGGGAAAUUCUUCCCAUUAUCAGGCAAACUGGCUGUUGGGGUUCAAAGAUCGCCGGCCCGCUGCCACUGCAACGGAUUGGACGUGGGGUAAUCCUCGGGAUCGUCAAUGCCUGGCCCACUUUUAUUGAAAAAGAUCUACAGGCAAAGUAGAGAAUGCAAGUGGUGGAAGUUUUAUGGAAAUCCAGCUGAACAUGGGAGAGAGCACAUUAAUGAGCCUACUUUGGCAGCAGUGUCUGGUGAUGUCUCUUUCUCUCUCUCUCGGCUGUUCAGCUUUCCUGUUGGUCCCUUUCAGUCAGUAUUCUAUUGCCUUUUCCUGCCCAUUAUUUUUCUCAGUGCUACUCAAAGCCAGUGUGGUGUAGUGGUUAGAGUGCUGGACUACGACCUGGGAGACCAGGGUUCGAAUCCCCACAUAGCCAUGAAGCUCACUGGGUGACCUUGGGCCAGUCACUGCCUCUCAGCCUCAGGAGGCAAUGGUAAACCACCUCUGAAUACUGCUUACCGUGAAAACCCUGUUCAUAGGGUCACCAUAAGUCGGAAUCAACUUGAAGGCAGGCCAUUUACAUUUUUUACCCAAAUCAUGUGGUUCUUCCCUUCCAUGCCUCACCAUCCACCCCCAUGCACUCAUUCCUUCUGUUCUCUUUUACAUUGGAUUCAGGUGAGGCCACAGAUGUUUGCUGCAUCCCUGCGUGGAAUCAGCAACUGACUGGAUGAGGAUCAAUUAACUGAGAGUCAAUUCUGAAAGAUGAAGUUAUUCAAUCCAUCCUGGAUCAUGUUGCAUAAAAUAUCAAGUUUGUAGUCUGGGGGUGCUCCUUGUUCAGCUUCUAACUUGAGACCCAAGUGUUCUCAGUAGCUGGCAUGUCAGUAGCUGUCCUGAAACAAUCAGGAACCCAAUACAACUGGUACGGUACAGGUGUAAUAUGUUCUGAGUGCCUGGUCACAACAAGCAACAAGAGAGCUGCAUUCUGAGCUAUGUUUAAAGGCAGCCCCACGAAGAGCACUCUCAUUUGGUUGUAACCAGAGCAUAUAUAAGCAAAGUCCACUUUUGCUGCAGUUGCAGCUGGAGAACCAGACUUAGGACAAAAUCCAACUCGCAUUUACACUGGGCUUAGGGGAGUUGUAUGGAGUUGUAUGGAGGACCCCCAGCUGAGCUGGUAGGGUCUCUGCUCUGCCGGACUCUGCCAGUAGAGGCCCCUUGACCCAGCUCAGCCAGGGGUCUGCCAGGGAAGCCCAGCAUUGUGGAAGGGGUGCCGGUGGAAGCUGCAGUAAGGUCUCAAAAAGGGGCAUUCCAGGGCUAUGUUGGAAGAGGGGAGGGGACUUCCACAGCAUCCAACUACUGUUUGGAGUGCUCCUGUGGCUCCCGACAUGGGUCAAUGUUACAUCGAGAAAAAGCCUGUAACUUGGAAGUCUCUGGCAAUUACUUGUGCUAUUGGAGGAGGUUUGCUAGCAGCAAUGAAACUCUUCAAGAAAGAGAAAGAAGAAAAGUUGGAGAAGGAGCGAAAACGAUCUCUUGGAAAGCCAUUGUUGGGAGGCCAUUUUUCACUCAUUGAUCAUCAGGGACAGCCAAAAUCAGAUCAUGACUAUCUUGGCCAAUGGGUGUUAAUCUAUUUUGGUUUCACACAUUGCCCUGACAUUUGCCCAGAAGAACUGGAAAAAAUGGUUCUAGCUGUUGAUGAAAUUGAUGGGAUCCAGUCUCUGCCAAACAUCACUCCACUCUUCAUCUCCAUUGAUCCGGAGAGAGAUAGUAAAGAAGCUGUUGCUGCAUAUGUUCAAGAGUUUUCACCCAAGCUGAUUGGAUUGACGGGUACAAAAGACCAGAUUGAUCAGGUGGCUCGAGCCUAUCGUGUCUAUUAUAGCUCCGGCCCAAAAGAUGAAGACAAUGAUUACAUAGUGGAUCACACCAUCAUAAUGUACCUUGUUGGACCAGAUGGAGGUUUUGUUGAUUAUUAUGGCCAAAACAAGACGAAUUCUGAGAUUGCUGCGUCAAUCGCUGGACACAUGAGGCAAUAUAAACAGAACUAGGGGAUGGGAGGUUUCAGAUACAAGGAAAGCAAGCUGUUUAUCAGGCAGGCUGAUACUAAAAUGCGGCCAGUAAUGUGCAGGGAGAUGUGAUUAGUUGGAUGAAGUAUUGUGCAAGUAAUCUGUCUUGGCACCUUCCUUGUGCACUUGAAGUUUUAGCUAAGGCUGCAUCUACAGGCUAAGAUUCAAAUGGAUUAAAUAAGGAUCUGGAUGCUAUCCAACAAAAGUACUUGACCGAACAUUUUUCUCUCAGUGUGUUAAAGGCCUUUGGGGAUAAGAACAUAAGAACAUAAGAAGAGCCUGCUGGAUCAGGCCAGUGGCCCAUCUAGUCCAGCAUGCUGUUCUCACAGUGACCAACCAGGUGCCUGGGGGAAGCCCGCAAGCAGGACCCGAGUGCAAGAACACUCUCCCCUCCUGAGGCUUCCGGCAACUGGUUUUCAGAAGCAUGCUGCCUCUGACUAGGGUGGCACAGCACAGCCAUCACGGCUAGUAGCCAUUGAUAGCCCUGUCCUCCAUGAAUUUGUCUAAUCUUCUUUUAAAGCCAUCCAAGCUGGUGGCCAUUACUGCGUUUUGUGGGAGCAAAUUCCAUAGUUUAACUAUGCGCUGAGUAAAGAAGUACUUCCUUUUGUCUGUCCUGAAUCUUCCAACAUUCAGCUUCUUUGAAUGUCCACGAGUUCUAGUAUUAUGAAAGAGGGAGAAAACUUUUCUCUAUCCACUUUCUCAAUGCCAUGCAUAAUUUUAUACACUUCUAUCAUGUCUCCUCUGACCCGCCUUUUUUCUAAACUAAAAAGCCCCAAAUGCUGCAACCUUUCCUCGUAAGGGAGUCGCUCCAUCCCCUUGAUCAUUCUGGUUGCCCUCUUCUGAACCUUUUCCAACUCUAGAAUAUCCUUUUUGAGAUGAGGCGACCAGAACUGUACACAGUAUUCCAAAUGCGGCCGCACCAUAGAUUUAUACAACGGCAUGAUGAUAUCGGCUGUUUUAUUUUCAAUACCUUUCCUAAUUAUUGCUAGCAUGGAAUUUGCCUUUUUCACAGCUGCCGCACACUGGGUCGACAUUUUCAUCGUGCUGUCCACUACAACCCCGAGGUCUCUCUCCUGGUUGGUCACCGCCAGUUCAGACCCCAUGAGCGUAUAUGUAAAAUUCAGAUUGUUUGCUCCAAUAUGCAUAAUUUUACACUUGUUUAUAUUGAAUUGCAUUUGCCAUUUUUCCGCCCAUUCACUCAGUUUGGAGAGGUCUUUUUGGAGUUCUUCGCAAUCCCUUUUUGUUUUAACAACCCUGAACAAUUUAGUGUCGUCAGCAAACUUGGCCACUUCACUGCUCACUCCUAAUUCUAGGUCAUUA